AUGAGCGGCCAGCAGCAAGCGGUGGCAGCGGUUGAAGCUGGGCCGCGGCGUCAUCGCGAGAAUACCACCGCUUCGCGGAAGAAAACAACGCGGGGUGUUGUGUUGUUUGAUCCGAAUGAUCUCAUUAGUAACGGCAGAUCGGAUCGGGUGCCGCCUGUGACAACGAUGCAGUCCAACGAUAAUCAGGAGACUGGAAAAGUAGACGAUGCCAAUGCAGAAGAUGCAGAUGAUGCAGAUAACGAAGACAACCAAGAAGACAGCAAUGAUGUGGACACUACAACCACUGAACAGACGAAAAUUCGUGCGCUCGUUAUUGAAGAAAUUUGCGAGACGGAAAAGAGCUACGUAAGUGACAUCUGUACGCUAAAUGAUCACUAUAUUGUGGCAUUAGAGGACAAAACACAUCGCAUUAUGGAAGAUGCACAAAUUGCCGUCUUCUUUAACAACUUGCGCCAGCUUGUCAUGCUCAAUUCGAAAUUACUGGCAGACUUGCAAGAUAUUGUGCAGCGAAGGGGAGAAAAGCUGACGAAUGUUGCAAAUGCUCGCAAUGACAAACGGAAGAAAAGCGUUAAAAGUCCCGUGGCAGUUGCGGUCCAGUGCGAAGCGGAAGGUGUUGGCGCAGUCUUUUGUCGGUACGCACCGCUCUUUAAACUCUAUGGAGGCUACGCUAAGGAUUACGAAGAAGUGUCUGCAUUGUUGCAGAACUUUCGGCGUGAUGCUCGUCUUGGCUUUUCACAGUUCCUCGAAUCUUGUCGAGAUAAAAGCGGUUCGACUAAACCUUUCGAGAGUCUAUUGAUUAUGCCAAUCCAGCGAAUCCCACGUUACAAACUGCUUUUGGAACGAUUGUGCGAGCUCACGCCAACAGAGCAUCCAGAUGCUGCAUUUCUUACCGAGGCAGUGAGUCGAAUACGUCGUGUGGCUUGCGGUAUUAACGAGACUGUUCGACGUCAAGAAAAUCUUGAGACGGUUUUGCAAGCUCAACAGAAAUUUGCGGGACAAUUAUCGCUCUUUACAGCUGACAGGAGGCUUCUCAAGUCUGGCAAACUCAUCAAAAUGUCGACUAAGCGUCAGGAAGACGUUAUGAUUCAUCUUUUUAACGACAUCUUGCUGUACAGUAAUGUGCAGAUAAAUGGUGGCUACCGUGUGCGGCGUAUUGUUCAUUUAAACUCAAAAGCUGUGGGUGUUAAAACGGAGUUGCCUGCUAUAGUUCAAGCGCUAUAUAAUCAGCAAUCAAAGCGUCGCGUUCGCAAAGACUGCGGAUUUGUCGUUACAAGUCGAGAAAAAACAUUUAUACUGUUUACAGAGACCCCAGACUCACGGCGAGAGUGGGUUGACGCAAUUGCAUGUGCUAUCACAGAAGCGCAGACGCAGAGGAAAUCAAAAGCUCGAAACGAGCUCGACGGCGAUUGCAACAACCCCGAGUCAUGCGAAGGGCCUGCUGAUGCAGCUGCUCUUUGGAUUCCUGAUGAAAUUGCUGGAUCAUGCACCAACUGCAAAGCAUCAUUUCGCUCUUACUAUCGACGAAAGCAUCAUUGUCGGCGUUGUGGAGCAGUCGUGUGUGAUACGUGUUCGUCAGGACGUGCGCCGUUAUUUGUGGGCGAAUCUUCACGUACUGAGCGUGUUUGUAGUCCAUGCUUUUUGAUCCUGGAUUUUGUACGUCAGAUUGCUAUGCAUUGGCUGUCACGAGUUGUCGAGUUCCGUGGUGUACUACGACGUCGAAGAUUAAAUAAGUGGACCGAGCAUUAUUAUGAGCUUCGUGCAGGUGUACUUAAGCAGUUCACGCUUGAAACAGGGUCAGCAAGCGUCACGCCAGUGAACUCGAAAGGAAACGGUCAAGGUUUUAAUGCUGCCGCAAGUGGUGGUAUUGCAAGUUUAUAUGGUAGUACAUCACGGAGCUGUACGGACGAGCUCAAUCUUGCUGGUGCUAUUGUCAUCCACCGUUCAGACAGUCGAGUGCACAAAAAUCGUUUUUGUUUCCAAAUUUCAACAUCUGAGUACGAUGAGACUGAUGCUAAGAACAAGACUGGCGGCACAAAAUCGACCCAGCAUAAAGCAAGUCCCGUGCAAGUGCGCACAAGCCAGGCUUCAGUUCGACCACACAAAAGCAAGCUUUCUCCGUUAAAACAAGCUGUGAGUCGUUUAGGAGAUGCGGUGUCUCGUCGACGUGAAUCUGUUAUACCGCCUGGAAUUACGCUGAAUGAACUGGUUGUUGCUUCACCUUCAUCUCGAUCGGCGCCAUCCUCAUCACCAAAUUCGUCAAACGCAAUGACCGCAGUGCGUGAGACUGAGUGGAUAUUGUGUGCUUCAUUCAUUCAGGAAGAGGUUGCGUGGCGUGUGGCAAUUCAGAGCUCCGCAGACAAGGCUUUGCAUCGCAUGCGGCGCUCGCGGGCGACAGACUUUCCAGGGUCUUUGGCACAGAGCGGCAUCUUAAGUCUCAGUAUGAGUCUACCUCCUAGUAGCGGACAGCCAUCAGUUUCCUUGAUGGCUAGCUCAGUUUCAAGUGGGACGUCUAGAGGGCGACGUAUGUCAUCCCUUGAUCGCGGCUGUACUACGGAUGCCGAGUUGUCGAUGGAUCUCGCCCAGGUGACAGGAGAGGAUAGAGAUAUGGUUAUACUAGAACGUCGCCGCCGUCAGAUUUUAAAGGAGAUCAUCCGCUCCGAAGAAAGCUAUGUGCAAUGUUUAGGAGAAUGUAUUCGCUUAUUUGUUCAACCCCUAUUGCUACGCCAACUUGAAGGACGACAAAUGCACCGCCAUCGCCAGAAAAAAAGGAGAGGUUCUCUGCGCCCCGUUCUUGGGGUAACGUUGAGUACACCCGGUAGAGUGACAAGUUCAAGUCGAGGUCGGCGUCGCGCCGGAAGCAGCGGCAACAUUGACGCAGCUACUGCCUUUUCUAAAUCAGCAUCGUCGCUUUCAUCGAAUUCUGCUCCACCACCUAAAACUUUAGUCAUGGAUGCAGAUCUGUCGAUCUUUUUUAAUAGUGUUGAUCAGAUUUACACACUCAAUCAGCAGCUUCUAGACCAUCUGUCGAGUCAUCUUGAAGAAACGAGUCCGAUUGGUCAUGGAGCGCAUACACAAGAAGAUGGCCCGGAUAUUGGUGGGGUGCGAGUGCAUCGUGCUGGAGCUAUAUUUCAUGCGUAUGCUCCAUUGAUGCAGCUCUACACGUCGUACGCUAGCCGCCACAGUGAUGCUCUUACGGCGUUGGAUUCGACUCAGUUUGCUGGUUUCCUGAGUGAAUUGCCUCCAGAAGCUGAUGCAAAUCGUCUUCGGCGAUACCUCAAUAUGCCUGUCGAGCGUAUCCCGCGCUACAAGAUGCUUUUACAAGAGUUGCUAGAAUCGACGCCACAUGAACACGUGGACUUUGUACCGCUACAAUCAGCUAUUAACAGUGUUAAUCGAGUGGCCGACAAAAUUGAAGACAUAAGCGAGCGACGUGAGAAUGCACGGACGCUCGCAAAAGUGAGCACGAAAGUUGGAAUUGAUCUAUCGGGCCGCCACUUUGUUCGCGACGGAAUGCUGCGUAAAGUCUGUCGCAGCAAAGUACAGACAUAUUACUUUGUGCUUCUUGAGAAUGCAAUGGUUUAUGGGCGUCAAGGUGGUUUGAAUAAGAAAAAGUUUCGCUUGAUCGACCUGUGGGAGUGCAAGGUAGCGGAAUCUACAGAUACGAUGCCGGGGGUAAUUACGUCUGCCGCCAGCUCAAACAACGCAUUUUGCUUUUUUUCCCCGUUAAAAUCAUUUAUUCUGUUGACUGAGUCAGAAGAAGACAAAUUGAAGUGGACAGCGGACAUUAGCGAGUGCAUUGAACGAAACCUACGAGGCAAGACACAUCCGCGUCGUGCCAGCGUCCGUUCCGAGAUCCUCGCAGAUAAUGAUGAAGAUGCGUCUAGCGGCUACGAAUUAGAUGCAGGUUUUGUAAUCAAGAAUGGAUGGCUCAAUGUCUUUGGGGGCGUCGUGGCAACCGGUGGAAAUGGGAAUGGCACGAGUUCCUGUCUGACUCCGAGCAGUAGCGUCAGCAAAAAGCUUCGCCGGCUUUGGAUUACAUUGACAUUACAAACAGUUUCAUUGGGCGCUACAUUCAAAGCUGCGCAACCAGAAGAAACGAUUGCCAUUGAGUUGUGCGAGGUGGCCCCUCUCAAGAAAGAGAAAUGUUUCAGUCUUCAGUUCAUUCAUGAUACGAAAACAGAGGCACAGACAAUGUACGUGUUUGAAGCGCUCAGUUUGGCAGAAAGGGAAGAAUGGGUGCGUGCGCUGACGCUUUGCAUCACGGGAGGCGACGAGCUAGACUUGCGUCGGCGCAGUCUCAAGAUGGCGACGUUGGCUCCUAUUUUUAUGUUUGACAAAGUCUCAAACUGCGCUUGCUCCAUCUAUAUGCCGCUGUUCUCUCGAUCAGCCGUGUCUAGGUCGCACCGCUUUUCGCUGCGCAAGCAUCACCGCCCGUCGGACGCUGAAGCUGAAGUAGUCACUGGAAACCACACGGAUAGAAAAGCACGGCGCCAGACACAGCCGACUAUACACGAACCGAAUCAAAGUAUCGUAAUAUCGGACUCCUUCACUUCUAAGACAUCUCAAGCUCCAGUGUCUAAGCUCUCGUCUUCGGUUCGAUCUUCAUCCUCAACAAUUCACAGUAUCAGCUCCACGCUCAACGAGAACUUUUUAGGUGGAGAGAACGACACGGAAAUAUCGGAAGAAUUUGUAACGAGGGACUCGGUAACUACGUCAUCUCAAAGUCGUGCUCUUCGCAACAGUCGACAUAGUGGUGAACAGACUUCGCGCAACAAUCGCAACAGUCUUGCCGAUUACCGUCAGCUGCAGUGCUCCAUGUCAUACAAGAAUCGUGCCAACAGCGACAUUCGGGAAAGCAGCAUCAUAUCCAGUUCUAGCGACUCGAGAGGAAGUGAACGUUCUCAUAGAAUGCAGUCGUCUCGAGGAGACGGACCUCAUGUUACGAAUUCGCCGGUACGAUCGUCUAGCAGCCGCAGUCUGUUGAAUGCACGAAUUUCCGAAACGUCAACGACGAUUACCAUGCCUCUUUCGGAGGUGACCCCAGUAUCUGCAGAUGAUUCUACUCUCUCGUCAGCUUCUCAAACUUCUGGCACUUCAGGAACGUCUCGAAUGACAGAGACCAACGUAGCUGUUUUACAAACACGUCGCGCGUUUCAACAAAUGGUCUUGGCUUUGGAAGAUGAAGAUUCGGGGGAUGACGACGAUUCUGAUAGCGGUGCACGCAGACGGAGCCGAGCUGAGAGCUCUAUCAGUGCUGGUGUUGUACGACUUGGUGCAGAAGAAUACAGAAUGUUUCAGUUUCGUCUUCGUCAGCUUGAAGAAUUAACAGCAGAGCAGUCGAGGAAGCAAAUUGCCGCGGAGCAAACAAUCGAGCGGGAAGUUCAAAUUCGAACUAAGAAGGCCCUUGAGAAUAUGAAGAAACAGAUUAACAUGUACAAACAGGCAAAAGAAUUUGAAUGCGAGCGUGAAGUGCAGCGUCGAGUAUCUGAACACAUGGAGCACUCUCAUAGCAGUCGUAGCUUAAGUCGAGCGAGCCGAUCGUCUGCAGGCUAUAGCUCCAGUAAUGUCAGCAGCUCACCAACCAGUUACAAUACUUCUGUCAGCAUCAAAGAAGAAGGUCGAUCGUUUGAAAAGCUAUUGCACCCACGACGAUCUCGAAAGCGAAUGGAACAAAUUAAGGUGCGCGAGGAGGCACAUAAGCGCGAAAUGGAACAAUUUCGGGAAUUCAUUCGCUCGACUGAGAUGCGCAUGAUGCAGGCACAGAGUAUGGAAAAUGAUAUGUCAAUAGCACAAAUGGAGAGGGCUAAGCAUGAUUUGGAGGAGCUUGCCGAUCCAUUGCUGCCUGAAUCAGUGAUUUGGUCGUCUCCUGCUGAUCUCAUUGAUUUGAUAUGUAUUUUGCGUAAAAAUGGGCGGGAACAGGAGAAACAAAUUGAUGAAGCUAGACACCUUCUUACCGCUGCGAUUGAAGCACGCGAAGAUGCUGAGGCGACGGCACGUGAAGCCGUUGAGUUCGCACUCAUGCUAGAUGCACGGUUGGACCUUAAGGAGAAAAAAGGGACACGACAAGCGCGCGAAACGGAACUUUGUGAAUCUCGUGGAGUUAGUAUCGAAUCUUUUAAUCGGCAGUCCGGUAUGUCGUCGUCGUCAGCGCUUCAUUAG